CGACCGUUCCAACGAGGACGCUCCGGCGCCCGUGCAGGCCGCCACCGUGCGUAUGCCCGCGCGUGCACCCGCCGAGGAGGGUUCCCUCCUCCCCCGCGGCUUUCCCACCGUCGCCGACCUCGCCGAGUGCGAAUCCGCCGAGGAGAAGGCGGAGCUCUGCGACAAGGCGGACCUCCUCGUGGAGAGGCUCGAGGCCAAGGCUGACUCCGCCGAGGCGUUCGUCGACGGGCCCAUCUGCGCGUUCUUCGGGUUCCUCAAGCCCAACGCCAUCCGCAACGCCGAGAAGGCCCGCGCGGCGGCCGAGGAGGCGGCGGCGGCGGCGGCGGCGCUUCGCCGAGCCGCCGCGGGCGGCCCCGGCGGCGGCGUCAUCGCGGGCGCCGUCGCCGCCCUCGUCGCCGCGGGCGCCGCGGCCGUCGUCCUCGGCGGCGGCGGCGGCGGCGGUGAGCCCCUCGUCAAGAAGUCCGAGCCCCGCGCCUCCAGGACCCCGACCGAGCGCGUCGUGAAGCAGCCCAAGGAGCGCGUCGCCAAGGCUUCGACUGGGCAGGCGUUUACCCUCUUCUCCGCGCCGGAGCCCAAGGCGGAGACGGGACUUUACGGCCUCGAGGCGUCCAACAUGGCGGAGAAGGUGACCAAGGGUGAGGUCGACGCCCUCUCCGCGUACGAGGCGCUCCAGCGCAAGUGAGCGUCGCAUCGUGAGGGGAUGGAGAGGAACGGGCCGACUAAUACCCCCGGCUCUGGAAUACGACGCUUUGGUACCUU